AUGAGUUUGCCUGCGUCCAACAAGGCCCACCUGCGCCCUAUCAGCGUGUACGAGCUGCCUGCGUCCAACAAGGCCCACCUGCGCCCUGUGAAGGCACCAUUAGGCACCACCGUGAUGAGCGCACCAGAAGACAAGCAACUGACGCACGGGUUGCAAGGGGAGGAGGCAGCACUGGAGCUGACGCUGCGAGUGGUGGCCGAUGUGGGGCUUGUGGUGAGUGGAAGGGAGGAGGCUAAUGGGAAGGAUAGGAUGGAAGUCCUCCCUGCUAGCAGCGGUAACAGCAGUGCGACCAGAAACAGCAGCUCACCUACUGUUGCUACUCUUGCCCCACUCCCCUCCACCAUCCCUAUUCCUUCCCUCUCCUAUCAGGGCUUUCCCAAUGCAGGGAAGUCAUCCCUGCUAGCAGCGGUAACCGCAGCGCGGCCAGAGAUAGCAGACUACCCGUUCACGACCCUCAUGCCGAACCUGGGUCGCAUGCCUGCCGACCCUGCUGGUCCGGAUGGCGGGUUCGGCGACGGGCCUACGCUGGCGGAUCUGCCGGGGCUGAUUGAAGGGGCGCAUGUGGGGAAGGGCCUGGGUCGCAUGUUCCUGCGCCACUUGCGCCGCACCAGGGUGCUGCUGCAUGUGCUUGAUGCUUCUGCUCCCGAUCCUGUUCAUGACUACGUGGUGUUGAGAGAGGAGCUAAGGAUGUACAACCCAGAGUACACUUCUCGCCUCCACAUUCUUGUGCUCAACAAGAUCGACCUACCUGAGGUGAGUCGCUUUUGA